UUGAAUUUUGUUUUUGUCUGUGAUAGCAUAAUAUUUAAUUUAUUUUUGCAAGUUUUAGAACAUAAAUUGGAAUUUUGUGAUGUGACUGCCUCCAUAUAGUGCUUAUUAGACUUUUUAUUGUAUUCUCCUCAAAAUGGGGAUAUUUACGUCGUGCUGCAGACCUUCAGCCACGAAUGUUUUGACUCCAGACACAGAAACCAGACGUAGACAGCAAGUGGAGGCAGCAGAGCGCCGACGUGCAGAGGAGGCGAACCGCGGCAUCAAAGAUCCAGAGAGAGUCAAGCGCAUGCAGCAGCGCUCUGAGGAGAUGGAGCAAAGGGAGCGGGAGAUGCAGAAGGGUGGUGGAGCUACUUUGAAGUGGCAGGCUGACUGAGAUUCGGAGAUAAGAGGGAACCCUCCUCCUGCAGAACGAUACAAAUAUAUGAAUUGACCUCUGAUAGUAUACUAUUUUAUACAAUGAUUCUUCUGGAAGUAUGUCUAUGUCUGUCUGUAUUGCUAUAUAUAAUGGGUCAAUAUUUCUGUACCUUAUUACUUUUCCACUAAUAUAAAUUAUUGUAAAUCUUAAAUUAUGUUUAUAUACAUGAGAAUAUCUCGACUUUCGCGUCAUUGGCUAAAAGUCCAACUUGAUAUAUCAUUAGUGUUACAUACUAUAAUCAAAAUUAUAUAUAUUUUUUAUUAUAUUACUUGUACUGUAUAUUGUAACUGAAUUAAAAAUUAACAAUUAAAAUGGUCCUGUAAUAACAGUCACAGAUUCCCAAAUUUCUGACCAAUGCCCACAGUUAAUUGUUUUUGUAGGCGUUUUCCUUUAAUUUAAAAUAAUAUAAAGAUGACUUUAUUUACUGAAUUUAAUUAUUAUUAUGUUAUGUUAUACAUAAAUAUACCAUAUAGUACUUACAAAGGUUUUAGCCAAGUUACAUAAUUUAUAAAAGAGGACUUCUUGGCCAUAAUGGUCUAUUCCGAAUCACGUGUCUUUUAAAUGCAAUAGUUUAGUCUAUCACGAGAACUUUAUAUUGUUAUAAAAUGGAAGGGGGUAUUUAUUCACACUUAAUAACUUAGUUGCUCUUUAUCACACGUUUUAUAUUAUAAUAGACAAUAGUAGCAUCUUUGUUUAUUGGUGUAUUAUUAUAGUAGAUUUUAAAAUAAAUAAACUGUUUUGUUCUAUUACUAGAAUAUUGUUCACAGAAAGGAGAUCAUUCAUUUUGGGCCCUUUUUGAAAGUGCCGGCCAACGAAAAAAAUGGCACGAAUCAUUAGAACUAAUUAUUUCAAAAAAAUAGCUAAUAUGGCUAUAAUUCGUUAUUUCCAUACAUUUUGUCAACUUUUAAAUGUGCCCGCUAAGAAAAAAAAACUAGAAAUAUAAUCUUUGUGCCAUACUAACUAUUGCUCCAAAUGGGCAGUUCUAACGAUACGUAUCAGUUUUUUUUCUUGGCGGGCACUUUUGACAAUCGACAAAAUGUAUGUAAAUAACGAAUCGUCGAACCUGUAUAACUUGGGUCAGAGCCCUCCUACAACUUUUAUGCCAUAUUAGCUAUUGCUCCAAAUGGCUAAUUUUAACGAGUCGUGCCAUUUUUUUUUGUUGGCCGGCACUUUCAAAAAUGAGCCCAGGAAUGUAUGGAGCGUGAAUGUAAGUAUCAUAUAAUUAUCCUUUAGUAACAUGUUGAUUAAUUAUCAAAAACAGAUAAACAAUAAGACAUCGAAAUUAAAGUUAUUUACUGAUGAUGAAUGAAUGUAGUAGUUUUUGAGGCCAGCGUCACUUGACUGCUACUCUGUUAAAUGUAGAGAUAAUUGAGAAAAGAGUCUAGUUUUUGAAAUGCUUAAUACAUAAAUUAAAUGUUUAAAAAUUUCAAGAUAUAUGAAAAAGAACCAUCGUCUUCACAGCAUACUUUUCAAACAUGUUGUAAUUUUUUUAAUACAGCCAUAAGCUGUUUAUUCCACCAAAGUACCACUAAGAAAUCAACAACAAAAGCAAAAUCAUUUCAGAUUUUUGAAAAAUUAUGUAUUUCACGUUAUGUUAUUUGUAUUAAUAAUAGCUUUUCCUGUAGAUUUUAUAUAUGUAUAAUAAUUAUGUGUAAUAAUUGGUGUCUAAUAUACUGCUAAGUGUUAUUUAAUGCAUUUAGAAAUAUUUGUAGUUUUCAAAACAAUAUUUUGUUAAAUAAGGCCUUAUGGAGAUCAGACCAACUUUCAAAGACUUUUUCUACACAUAAUAGAUGCAAAAAGUUGAAGUCACAUAAGUUGAAUCAUUGUUGGCGUUGGUUGACCCAUAAUCUUGUUUUGUAUUGGCAUAAUGACAAUCUAUUGAGCCACAUUUGCACUUACAAUAUUAGCUAAAAUGAUAAUUUGUUUCAUUCAAUAAAAAUCUAAAAAUGUAUUCAAUGCUCAAGUCAAAAAAAUCUCAGGGAUAGCGUGGUUGGUCCUUCAAAUGUCUUCUUCUAUAAGUACGAAUUCCUGCAGGCCUAGCAUGCCCACCGUUAGAUAAAUUCGUCUACAUAUCGCUCUGGGAUGGGAUGAAAGAGAUACCGAUAUGAAGACAAAGUUAAAAAGACUUCUAGGCUGCGCUAGGUCCACUGACCGUAGUGGGCCAUUCAAAUAGGCUAAUAAUGAUGAUUUUAAUCUUCCUACGUCUCCUCAGUCUCAAUGCUCUUUAUUUUUCUCCGGGUCUUCUUCAAACUGUCAACCGCCCAUAGGUGGGACGUUUUAACUCACUUUGAGAACCUGUGUCUACACUUACACGACUUCAAUUGUAUUGCAUUCUUUAUACACUGUAUAUUUUGGAAAGUCACAAAUGUACUUGUAUUAUUGAAACGAUCGUUAAUGUGUAAGCAGAUGUAUAUUGAAUGUAUAAUGUAUAUUAUGAUUAUGAAUAAACAUUGUUAAUUGGUGUAUA